CAUGUCGCCCGCAUUGAGACCCGUGCAGCGUAGUGGGUACGUGGGCACCUGUAAAAAGAAUCGAGGCCCAAUAACAACGACGGCACUGUCAUCCCGCUUAAGCUUCGGUGGGUACAAUUAUAAAACGAAGGCACUCCUAUCGCUUAAGCACCGAGUUCGCCUGGCUGUUUGACCAAUGCGGAAGUGCGUCCUUGACAAAGUCCAACUUCAAGUUAUUUGCGUUACAGGUAAAGAAAUUCUUUAUCCAAUUUCCUGAGUGCAUAGAAAACUGCAAGAGCAUCCGAGAACACCGAAGUCUGUUUGUCCGGCGCAGCUUUUUUUUUUUUGAAGCAUACCCUGUAGCCACGAUGCUUGGCGAAAUUUCGGCCAUCAGGGGAAGCGACACACCGAAGACGGCUGAACGCCCACCCGAGAUCCCAGGCUCACUGAAGUUCAUCACGUGGUACACAAACGGUUUCGACUUCAGCAACCGUCUGCCACGUACUCAAGCCGUCUGCUCGACGAUCCGAAGCGCCGACCCGGACGUGGUCUUCCUCCAGGAAGUGGUGCUUCAAUCGGAUCUAGUCCUACGGGCAGCUUUUGAAGACUACACAUGCGUCCGAAAAUUCAGCGUAAACAACUUUACUUUCACCAUGCUGAAGAGAGCCACCACGAAGUUCGAGGGGUACAAGCGGCGCCAGCUGAAGACCAACAACUGGGUGAAAUGCGAGGUGGCGACAAUCGAGGCGUCGUUCGCGGGUCUGCCGAUCACGCUUGUCAACGCCAGGCUUGAACCCGACCCCGACAGGUCGAAACUACGUAAGCAUCAACUAUCCAAGUGCUUUAAGGCGUGUCUAGAGCAGCCUCCUAACAGGACGGUCAUCUUCGGCGGAAACCUUGGCCUGCGCGGACACGAGCUCAAUGACGUAGGUGGGCGUCCGCGCUCGCUAGUGGACGUGUGGGAACACUGCGGCAGGCGGCGGGAGGUCUGCUACACGUGGGACAUGAUGGUGAACGACAACCAUCCGUGGAACACUCGCAAGAAACCCCAGCACCGCACCGACAGGGUCUACAUUAGGGCUGCCAAGCCGGCCACCAUGGCGCCUGUGUCCUUCGACCUGAUCGGGAGGGAAAGGAUAAGCCCCGUGGGUUGCUUCCCCAGCGAUCACUGGGGUCUGCUGUGCCGUUUCAAUUUGCUAUAGGCGUUCCGCCAUGAUGAGUCUCACCCGGAAAUCGUGCUUUCUUGGCGACAGUAAGCAAGGAACACUUAAUGGGGAUGUUAAAUUUAAUGUCUUUAACCAGAAGGAACUGAUUCCUUCAAGACAACAGCAAUGGGAUCACGGUAUUAGGUUGCGUAUUCGUAUCCACUAUUGAUCGUCAAUAAAUUGAGAAUCAGCGAAGUUUCUGCUGUAAUAAAGCGGCUUGUUUGUGUACAGUACAUUUCUUGCUGAUGGCUUGCCAGUGUCAACGAUUGUAUAAUUCACUGUACAGCGCCAGUCACGAUCACCUGGGCUGCGGGCAUAACGUUUGUUUUUCAUUGGCCUCAUCGCUCAGCACAACGAGGAUAAUUCUAAACAUCAUCGAGACAGACCUGAAUAUCGUGCCUCGUUUUACUCACGUGGCUUGCUAGUGGGAACCCUCCCAUCCAUGGUAUUAUUUUUAACCUUUCUGCUCGCAUUUACUGUCGACUCUGGGGGUAUUAGAGACGCUGCACGGAAGGGUUCCAGGUGAUUUUGCACAUCCUGUGGUUCUUAAAUGUCACGUAAGCCCGAGUACACGAAUCUCUUGUGCUCCGCAUCGAUCAGAAUGAGAAUACCACCGGUGGAAAUCGAACCUGCCACCUCACGCAUCAGAAGCAGAAGAGCAUUUUCAUUGAGCGCCCACGAUUGGCUCGUGACCCAUGCCCGACGCGAGAAUUAGGUACUCUACUUCAGGUGACUAUAGGACCCGGUCAUUCCCCACAAGAAAGCUGUCGCGCUUCAAGGGGUUCAGGGACACGGUUAUCUCGCCAGUACGGUUGAGGUGGAAAUGAAACAUUCAAGCACGCGUAAUACAGCAGUAGACAGCCAUUGUACGACUCAUGAAUUCACUGACAAAACGCGCAUCUGCCUUGCAGUCGUGCAAGUAUUCAAUUUCAUUCCUGAUUCCUACAUAUCAUCAGCUCCCGCACCAAUUUUCGUCAUGUAGUUCAGCGAAAUUUCCGCACUUCUCAAGGUAGCUACAUUGUAUCCGGUAUUCGUGUGUCUUGGCGAUUGUUUUGGGGGGUUGAAGGCCUUUCAAGAAGCCCCUGGCUAAACUGGUCACAAAGCAGCAAGCCACGUACUAGACAUACCAUUUUUAUAUCUGCAUCGAUGUCUGAGUAGGACUUUGUGACUGGCCGACUGCCAGAUUUCAUCAUUAUCUUUUCUUUUUUUCUUUUGCAAACCUGUCCCUCGCACAAUUUCGUCGUCACCCAAGAGGACUUGUACGAUUUAUCGUGUAGUGAACACACACCUUUAGAUACUUGUGAUACAUUCUCGUCAGUUGAAUAAAAAUAAAUUUCGGUAUCUUCUCCCAGCUCCUUCGAGUAGCCUAUUAGCUGGGAAAGUAGAGAAUCAACUUGAAAAGUGGCGUGUGCCUUGAAACGAAACUUGUGGUGCUAAGAUAAAAGUUGCGUCGUUGCUUAUUCGCGGAAAAUCAAUCGGCACUCUGUCCAUGACUUACUUAUACUUACCCGUUCCUCGCUUGGCACGAGCAUCGGACGGUUCGCGAAACAUUAUUCGUGGUCGUGUGACAACGUAGCACUUGGUUUGCGCGUAGUAAAGUGGUUAAUAACCACUGAGCGAUUGCGUUGGUCAACGUGGGUAAGUGAGAACGAAGUGUCCUCUGAGUAGAAGUAGACUAAGAUAAGUCUGGUUUCAAUACAACCGGCUAGCAGGAAACGUGUAGCGCUUGACAACAGGAACUUCCCGCUCUGUCCCUCCUUCGGCAUCGACGCGUUCUAGCAAUGUUCGUUACAAGCAGCCGUGAACUUACAAGGAACCAUAUUGUUAAAGGGAUGCUCGGAUGCUUGGCUCCUAACAGCUUAACGCAGUAAAAAGAACAUCUCGAGCCUACUUCAUGCCUUGCGGUGCAACACGCCCGAGUACCCUACGGACUCCCCUACCUUUUCACUGUUUCGGAAGCGCAGCAACAGAGAGUGAGGAACGCGCGAGUGAAAAGUCCGGCUGCACACACGCUUCACACAUUACGCGUCUCGGUAGUCCGCCAUCUUGUCAGCUUUGAUUGGCCCGCAGGGAUGCUACGCCCUUUCUGAUUGGCUCAAGAUACUACCGUUGGAGAAUUUCAAAAUAUCGCGGCGGCGCAUGACAGAGCGCUCCAAAUGUGCAUGCGUUUGUGUUCAGGGAAGCGUUCAUUUUCUUUGCGCCUACAAAUCAUCGCGGCGUACAUGUGUAGCCAGAAAAGCUUGUUUUCCCCUGUGAUGUAUUUUAUGUUGUCCGCACUUCGAAGUGUUUUGGUGUUUGCCCACAUCAGCAGAUGACGAUGCUCACUGUGUUUUCUUCGUCUUAUGUGCUGCGCUACAUUCCUACGCAGCUACUUAUGCAUAUGUUUAUUGUGAAGUGUUAUAAAUGUUUUUUCUUAGUUGAAACUGUGCCGUGU